GCUGUCAACCAGCAACAAUAUUUCUAACUUCAAGACAAUGCAGAGUUAUCAUGGAGCAGGCUAAGAGUUAAACGGACUGGAAAGGCUUACUAAAUCCUGCACUAGGUCGAGUAAGAAGCUCAUCUGAAGACAUUCCCGUUCUUCGGAGUGGUUCCGGCCAUCUUGAAUGAGUCUGGAGAGGAGCUGGAGGGACCGAGCGAAGGGUACCUGGUGUUCAAACAGCCGUGGCCCGGUGUGAUGAGGACGGUGUACGGGAACAAGCAGAGGUUUGAAACCGUGUACUUCAAGAAGUUUCCGGGAUACUACGUCACAGGAGACGGUUGCCGUAGAGAUGAGGAUGGAUACUAUUGGAUUACAGGCAGGAUAGACGACAUGCUGAAUGUCUCCGGUCACUUAUUGAGUACAGCGGAGGUGGAGUCGGCUCUGGUGGAGCACGAGGCCGUUGCCGAGGCUGCGGUGGUGGGCAGACCUCAUCCUGUGAAAGGAGAAAGCCUCUACUGCUUCGUAACUCUGACUGAUGGACUGACCUUCAACCGCACGCUGGAGGCCGACCUCAAAAGACAAGUGCGGGAGAAGAUCGGUGCCAUCGCUACACCAGACUUCAUCCAGAAUGCUCCAGGCCUCCCCAAGACCCGAUCAGGUAUUUACCAAAGUUACACAGAGCUGGUUGAGUAAUUGUCAGAAUAAAGUUAGCUGUUAGCUGAACUCAUAGAGGAGGAAAUUCAGAGCAAAACCUGACUGCUGAAAAACACUAGUAUAUUUUGAGAUGCAACUAAACCCUUGUUGCAUUACUGUUUUAAAGGAUGAGUUAUUUCAAGUUGUAAAAAAAAACUCUCCUUUUCACUUCCUGCUUGCCGUAAGGGGUUUUAGUUUUCUGUGGUUUUUAUAUUUGAGAUAUUGGCUCCAAAAUGUCCCUCAAACACAACAUAUGUGACUAGAACUUGGUUCGAAAAUAUCACAGCGUAGAAAAU